AUGUCAAAUAGUUUGGAAAUAGCAAUAAAAAAACAUAACGAAAUAAUAUUAAAGGAUAAAUUUCGGAGGAUGUUGGAUGAUAUUCGUUGGCAAAAUCAUUUAGCAAAGUGGGAAAGAACUCUAGAACGUCUUGAAAAAUUAGAAAAAAAGAAAAUAACCAAUCAGAGGGACAAUCUUAAUGACUUAAAAGGCGAAGAUGAUGCUUUGCAUAUUGAUCUAACUUUUUAUAUCAGCCAAGCCAGAAAUGAAGGAUUAGAACCAUCAGAAGAAGAGGAACUAAACGAUAUUUUGUCCGAAGUUGAAAAAGAAAUAGUGAUUGACGAACAAGGAAAUGAGUACUUAACAAGACUUUAUAUAAGUUCACGAACUACUAGCGAUUGUGACUUUUAUGAAAACAAUUUUAAAAGAAUAUGUAGGUAUUCAUCAGAAGGCUACGAAGAAAUGUUAAAGUUUUUUAAAGAAACGGACAAAGAACUGCGGGAAGAAGAAAAAAGGUUAAAUCUUAAUUCUCAAAACAAUUUAAUAAUUUUUCAAUACGAUGGAACUCCUAUUUACCGGACGCCAAAAGAGCAGGUUGGUAAUUUAGAAAAUAUUAAAGUACUUUCCAACAAGGAAAAUAAGUUCAUUAAGGUAGCAGGAGAAGAUAAAACUAAAGAUAAAAUAGAAAUUUUUCACUUAAGCAAUUACCAGUUAGAAAAAGAUUUUGAGGAGUUAGUUAGGCUCUAUGCUUAUCGUGGCGUACCAAGGGAACAAUUGGAGAAAACAAGAAAAUUAUUAACUGAAAAAAGUAAAAUAGAGCGGAAACUUAACGAAUUAAGACAACUAAAAAACAAAAAAGUAAAAGGAGGAGAUAAAUUUUUCUAUCAAAUGCCUCAGGCUUUGGAAAAAGCUAAAGAAAUUGAAACGGAUGAGAAAAAACUAAAGAUAAUUAAAGAAAUAGAAGAACUUUACUGGUGGAAAACUGAGGGGUUUGAACCAACGGAGGAAGAAAUUAGUAGAGCCGAACAAAUUGUAUCAAAUGAUAAGCAGCAGAAAAAAGAAUUAAAGCAAAAAUACGAAGAAAUCUUACAGGAAAUUAAGAAUAAAGAAGAAAAGGCUAAUCCCGACAAUGAGGAAGACCGCCAAAAACAAUUGUGGAGUGAAGUGCAAAGACUAGAAGGGGAGGCUUAUUUUAUCAAGACAUAUCAAUUAAAAAUAGAGGAGGAAGAAAAGUGUCCUGAAUGUGGUCGGAAAGUAGCAGUAGAUGAAGAUACUGGAGUCUGUAAACGUUGUGCUAAACAAAUUGAGGAGGAAUGCGGCAACAUUUUAGAAACCCAAGAAGAAACGGAAAGUGGAAUUUGUGAAGAAUGUGCCGAAAAAACCGAGGAUGAAACUAAAAAAAAAGAAUGCUCGGAUUGUGGAGAGGAAUUAGAAAGCGAGAAAGAGGUGGAGAUGGGUGUCUGCUAUGAUUGCACUGCAAAACUUAUAGAAACCGAGCCAGAAUGCAGUGAAUGUGGUGAAACAUUAAUAACGGAUGAGGAAAUAAAAAGAGGAAUUUGCGAUGAUUUUGGCCAAAGUGAACUAACAAGGGAAGAAGAAUUGGAUUUUAAUCUCCUUGAAUUCGAAUAUGACGACGAGGAAGAAAGAAAAGAAAAUAGAGAAAAAAUUAAAGUUACUUUCGCGGAACCACUUGUAAAAGAAAAAACCGAAUAUACCGGAAUAUUUUUACCAUUGGAUUUAGCCGGAGAUGUUAAAAAAAUAAACACUGAACCAACCACUAGCAAAUGA